AUGUCCGGACACAACAAAGCCCCAGCGCUGGAAGCAACUUCGAGCAUCAAUGUGAGCCAGCAGGGCCAAUCUGUGGAAGCCCGGGUGCAGCUGUCGGGGACAGGAAAUGCAUCUCUGACGGUGCAGACUCAGACGACGACCACGACGGAGGUCUUGAACCAUGUGGGUGACACACAACCUGACACCCAGAAUGCCCGUGAAGACCGUGACGACCUGGAGAAACACCUGGAGAAACUGAUCGACGAUGAGUGUGCUAAGGAUGCGCAGGCAAUGCAGCCUGUGCUGCAGGAUGCUGCGGUGGAGCCAGAGAAGUCAGUGCCAGCCGAAGCCGAAGCAGAUGCGGACUCUGGCGAUGUGAGCAAGCUGGAGGCCCUUCAAAGCAUGAUCCAAAGCAUGCUGAAGCGCCCCGGAACCAUCGACAUCAACCAGGUUAUGGCCGAAGCCACUUCCUUGCAAGCAAAGGCUGCGCCUGCACGCCGGCGCAUCAGCACAAAGUCGGCACCGGAGCAAUCCAAGAGUGCGGAGCAGUCGAGUGUGACCCCAGAAAAGACAGCACAGGAGCAGUCGAGUGUGGCCCCAGAAAAGGCAGCACAGGAGCAGUCGAGUGUGGCCCCAGAAAAGGCAGCACAGAAGCAGUCGAGUGUGGCCGCAGAAAAGACAGCACCGGAGCAGUCGAGUGUGGCCCCAGAAAAGGCAGCAGAGAAGCAGUCGAGUGUGGCCGCAGAAAAGGCAGCAGAGAAGCAGUCGAGUGUGGCCGCAGAAAAGACAGCAUCGGAGCAGUCCAGCAGUGGAAUGCCACCACCAGUGGGGCCACCCAAGCGCAAGGCAAGCCGAGAAGAAGAGACUGAGGAUGAGAAGCUUGCACGGGAAGCCCAUAACAAGUAUAUGCGCUUCUACAGAUCACUCCGUCCCUUGCAUGGUGAAGCUAUCGCGAAGGAUAUGUUGCAGAACAAGAAGAAGGAUGAUCCCAACUUGUCUGGGAAGUGGGUGCAGAAGCACCCUGACCAGCCUGAACGCGAGGACUGGAUGUUGAUGAAGUGCUUCGAUUCCAAGGUCGAGAAUGAGGAGAGCGAAAGUGAGACCGAGUUUGAGCUAGGCCAAGAGGCGAUCCGCUUUGGGCGGCAAGGCAGGUUCCGGCGACCGUGGGCAGCCAUCGAGGCUUGGAACCUUCUUAAGGGGAGCAUGGUCAAGGUUACGGAAGCCGAUGGAUUGAAGGCGAAGCUCCAGGCCUCUGGCAUGGGCGCCCAGUUUGUGGAUGCUCUGAUGGCUGACUCUGCCGAGACAGUUCAGCUUCUCAAGGGCACCUACAAUACCCUGAAAGAGGCCAUUAGCGCAAAUGCAAGUGAUGAUGAGAAGAAGUUCUGCUGCAGCGAGCUGACUGCUGCCCUCAAGCAGUUUGAUUCGAAGAUGAAAGCAAUCCGCAAGGCGAUGCCUAGCAACAACCCGCCCAAGGCGACCACGAAGGCAACAGCCAAAGCCAAAGGCAGAGCUGCCAAGUAA